AUGUGUCGAUCAAUUAUUGUUGUCCUGCUGAUCAGUUGUUUGGUGUUGAUCAACGCAGGUGUGAUUAGGCUGGAUGGUGACGAUGACGAUGAUGAUAGCAAUCCAACAUCUGAGAGCGACACGACGUCACGAUCGAAAGGUGGUGGUAGUCUAAGGGGUAAAGCAACUCCGUCUCCAAGGCCACAGGCAAACAUAAGGAAACCGCAACCAAAGCAUCUGUCUGACAUCACGCCGUCGCCGUCAUUCGACGAGAUCGUUCUAUCGACCGAUGCUCCACCUGGUUUCGUGUGUUCAACAUGCCUCAAGUUUGUGAAGAAGCUAGCNCGCUAA